UUAUAUUAGCCCGCAAACUUUUUAGGACCACAGAGCUGGUGCUAGUUAUCGGGCUAAAAUGUUUCCGAUGUUUGAGCUCUUGUUUGUUUAAGUUAAAUAAUAAUAACAUGGUUUUUAAACAGUUUUUAUUUGUCGCAGAGUUGUACAGGGUAAGAUCCUUGUAUAUCCUAAUUAUUGACAAUAUCUUUAGCUUUCUAAAUAAGGAAUAAACCAAAGUGAACAAACAACAAUGGCUGCCGACAGUAGGAAAACUCGGAAAAGCAACUUUUCCGCCGAGGAAAAAGACGUGUUGAUAUCGACAGUGAUGCACAAUUACGAUAUAUUAUACGGGGAGACUUCGAAAAGCUACUAUCACAAAGAAGCCAGGAACCAGGUAUGGAACAUUGUUCUUGAGGAAGUCAACAAAGUUUCCCUGGAAAAACGUACUCUAGCGGAGGUGAAGAACAAAUGGAAAAAAUGCCAGCACAAUGUAAACAAAACGGACGAAUCCGUAGACAAUUCGAGCUAUACAGAGUAUGACGAUUUAGAUUCAAUGCCACUACAACAACGUCUGUCACAGAAUUCUAACCAAAAUACAUCACUAUCUUCUGGUGAUGUGUCAUCAGGUGCAGUGCAAGAACCAGUGUUGCAAAGUCAGCCCAUAUCACCAACAAAACUAAAGGUUACCAGACAAGGAGCUAAACCAUCUGUUAAUAAUUAUCCAAAAGACCCACCGCCUAUACUGAUACCGGAAAAAAUCUGUCUUAAGUGGGACAGUCACCACGUCAAUAUGCAAUUGACUUUUCCUAAUUUACUACUGAAAGAACAGUACGUAGAUGCCACUUUGGUGUCAGAAGGGAAGACCCUUAAGUGUCAUAGGAUGAUCUUGUCGUCAUGUAGUUCUUAUUUUGAGGAGGUACUAAGUGAAAUUAGUCCUCUCCAGCAUCCGGUUUUGUUUAUGAAGGACACGCCAUUUUGGAUUCUGAAAGCCCUGUGUGAUUUCAUGUACUCUGGGGAGGUGCACAUUUUGCAAGACAAGCUAGAUGAACUUCUUGCUGUGGCAAAUACGCUUAAGAUAAAAGGUUUGACUGAAACUAAAAAUACUCAAGAAAACAACAAAAUUCCUGUUCCUCUAGUGAUAAAGGAAGAAAAAGAUGCAGUACCGUGCCAGAUUAUUAAGAAAGAACCGCCAAAAGAAACAGAAAGAACGCAAAAAAUCGAACAACAUUCACAAGAAAACAGAAACAGAAGAAAGGAGGAUAAAAAAUCGAAACACCAAUCAAAUCAAAAUAUUAAAGACCCGGUUAUGGAGGAGUCCACAUCGAAAAGUGUGUCAAAGUUACUACAAAAAGUUGUACCGAAAGUCGUACAAAAAAUGUUGCCCAAGGCUACUAAUCAAAGAUCUAGUGUCAAAGGCGUUUCAAAAACGUCAACGUCAAAAAAUUCCAGGGAUGGGUCGAAAAAAAAUGACAAACAAAAAAGAGAAUGUUCCCCGCCAAAAGAUAAAGAAAAGGACAAACCCCUAAAGAAAAAUGCACACAUUAACGACCCGUUGGACUUGCUCGAACCGGUCUAUGAAGAAAUAGCGAAAGAAGAACCAGCAAACGUACCUACAAAGAAUGUAAACCCAGUCAAAUUAAAGGAACAGAAAAGUUUUUCUCUUAAAAAAGGGAUAAGGAAGAUCAAAGAGGAUACGGCAACGUCGCGUAAAAAGGUGAAAAAGCGACGGUACGCCGACUAUGUCGAGGGCAGAGAAGAGUCACCUUCCCCCACGUUUCAGUCUAGGAAGGGGACUAGGUCGCGACCCAACGUGAAAAUACCGAAAUUUUUCCACACUACCUUCGAGGAUUCGCCAAGUAAAGAACACCCUAUAGAAACGACUAUAGUUCGUGUGCCGCAUACCGAUCAAAACGACCCUUUAAUCGGCGCUGAAAUCAAUUCUAUAAAAGCCGAACCGGUGGACGUGGAAGAAAACACCAUAGAAGUGGAGGAAAACAUGGUUAACUUUAUCGCGCAAGAAAUUACGUCGCAAGAGGGAGAGGAAAUUAUAGGAAGUUACGACAGUCCGAUAGUGAAUAUACAGAGGGAGGGAAAAAGAAACACCCCGAACAUAUUCAAGAAAAUUUUAGUGACGGAUCCGGUGAUUAUGGCCGUUCACACCGUGACGGAAUCGCACCACCAAUCGACAGUCGGAUUGCUGAAUAUAAACGAAGAAAACGUCCAACUAGUGGAUAUAGCAAAAAUCAGCGCUCAGCAAACGGAAUCAGUAAACAGUGCUGACAAUUUGGAGGUUAUGCAAGAUAAAACAUCACUUAUUAAGAUAACCAACGUGCAGAGUAUAGCGGAUAACGUGAAAAACGAAGCGAUGGAUUCCAAUAGUGUUCCUCCUGAAGAAGAUUUAAGACCUCCAAUAGCUAAUGAAGAAUUCCAAGAAAACAGAGAUCAUACAGAAAAAUACUAUAACGAAGAAAAUGAAGAAACGGUCCAAAGGUUCUGUACCGAAGAAGGAAAUAAAGAAAUGCACGAAGAAUUAGAAGAAAACGGGGAUCAGAUAGAAAAGGAAUUUUUUACAGAACAUGGAAAUAAAGAAAUUGGCGCUGAAGAACUACCCGACAAUAUGGAACAUCCUGUAGAAUGCUCUCAAAUUGAAAACGAAUCGGCAAAAUGUAAAGAAGACGGAAAUAAAGAAAUAGUCAAUGAAGAAUUAGAAGGAAAUAUAGAUCAUCCAGAAAAAUACUGUCCUGUAGAGAACGAAUUGGUACAAAGUGGAGAAAACGUCGAAAAAAUCUUUACAGGAGAUGGAAAUAAGGAAACUUUUGAUGAAGAUAUAGAGGGAAACAAAGAUCGUCCAGAAAAACACUGUCAAGUAGAGAAUGAAUCGUCGCAAAGUGAUGAUAACCUUCUUGGAUCAAACAAAGAUGGAGAUGUUGACGUUGCCAUGGAUACAGGCGAAUCAGAGUUGCUAAAUUUCCCAAUAGACGGUGCGGUGAGCGAAAGCCAGAAUUCCGGGGUCGUUGGAAGCAGUCUCGGUAGUCUGACAAGUCAUAUUGACAUGUUAACUUUCAACAGUCCCAUAGAUGAUCUAAAUACGAAUAAAAAUACCGAAGUCAGUCAUUUUGAGGCUCUUGAAACUGUGGUUUUGAACCAGAAGACUGAAGAAGAAGUCAAUUUAUUCCGCGAAGAAAUCCAUCAAACUCUUGCAGAUAAAUCUGUAAAAGAAACAGGUAAAAUUGAUGAGGACAGCUUAGUACCAAUGGAAACCGAACACCAAGCCAUUAGGGAUUCGGAAAACCUGCACGAUAGUACCGGUUUAAAUGAAAAUCCAGUUAAUGACACUGAUAUAAGUUCCAUCCCGGAAACCAGUACAAAAGUUGGGUUAAGUACUGAUUCUAAAGGUACUCAAGAACCAAAACGCCAUGAUAUAAACGAUAUAACCUCAAAUAAAAAAUUACCGGUUGUACCAAAUGAGUCAGAAUCCUAUGAAAACGACCAAAAUUUACAGGAAACUGUAACCAAAAGUGAUGAUAGUUUCACGUGCCCAAAUUCAAAUUUAGAAGAAAAAUUGUUGGCAUUUUCUCCAGAGCCUGAUGCCUGCACUUCGACGUCUGUUAAAUGUACAGUGCAGGACGAAAAUAAGUUGGAAGAAAGCUUACUGGAAAUGGAGGAAGAUGUCAUUAUGACAGACGCGUCAAAUGUCAAUCGGGGUGCGGACGUGGACCCUGAAAAAACCUUGGAAAUGAUCGUGAACGAUCUGAAUGCAAGUUUGGGCACUUCGCAUGAUUAAUUUUACUGAAAUUAUUUAAAUACUUGUCAAAAAAUGUCGUGGUGGAAUUUUUUAUUUUGUCCCACACUGUAGAUAUAUUUUUAGCUUGUUUUAUUUAAAUUUUAUAUACAUCCUAGAUUAUACAAGGCGCGCCAAAAAAGUGCAACACAAAGAAAAUUCUCUUAAAAAGUUGACAUUUUUUUUGUUGCGUAUACUUUUUGUCGCACAGUUUAUACCAUUAAACGCCCCCGUUAUACAGGUAAUUUUACCCUUUAACGCAUUUAUUCGAAAGUAAAACUUUUUCUUAGAGUCAAGUUUCAUUCCUUAAUAUACAGGGUGGCGAAAAAAGUAUGUGUUACUCUAAAACACCCUGUAUGUCGUUUUUUUAUAAACGGCAAAUAUAUUUUCGCAUAGUUAAGCAACAAAAUAAAAAUUCGAUGUCAAAAUAUACAAGUAGCAUAGUUACAGCACUGUAUAUAUCGCGUAUAUUAGAAUAUUUUAGUAUUUAACUAUAUAGUUACAGGUUCUUUAGAACAAGGUAUAUAUUAUAUUAUAUAGGUAACAUUUGUACUCUAAUUAUUCUAGUUAUUUUCAGUUAUUUUUAAACUGAGAGUUAUUAUCAUGAUCACAAAAAUAUCUAAUCGAAGAUAUGAGAUUUUUUAAGCUUAUUUUAGAAAAAAAAACGUUUAUAUAGUUUUUAUAUUGUUCCUGUGAUUUUUUUUAUAUGUAUGUAUGGUUUAAUUUUGCUUGUAUCCUUUCGUACGUUUACUUAUUUGUAGUUUAUAUUAUUUAUAUUUUUAGUAUUAAACUUACAGAAGUAAAAUUCAACGUUAAAAAAA